GGUCCAUGGUCACAAUAGGUAUGUAAACGGGGGUCCUCUAUUGUUUUCUUCUAGGUGGGCCAUGGCAGAAGGCUAUGGUGCUUGCUUAAUAAACAGACCACAACUGAUACAAGAGAUGGUGAGAUCAGUAAGAAAUCAAGUGAAAAAACCCACAUUUUCAGUAUCUAUUAAGAUACGGAUCCAUGGGGAUCUAAAGAGAACUGUAGACCUGUGCCAAAAGGCAGAGUCAGCUGGCGUAUCCUGGAUCAGUGUCCAUGGGAGAAGCGUAGAAGAAAGGCAUCAGCCGGUGCACUACGAUGCAAUUAAGACAAUUAAAGACACCGUCUCGGUACCGGUAGUAGCUAACGGCGAUGUGAAAUCCCUGAAAGAUGUGGAGGCCAUUCAUCAAAGAACGGGAGUUGAUGGAGUCAUGGUUGCGAGAGGGCUUUUAGCCAAUCCAGCUUUAUUUGCAGGAUAUGAAGAGACCCCUCUGCAGUGUGUCCAGGAUUGGGUGGACAUAGCCCUUGACCAGGGUGUCCCUUUCACCUGCUUUCAUCAUCAUUUAAUGUACAUGCUCGAGAGGGUGACUUCGAAGCAAGAGAAGAAGAUUUUUAACGUUUUAUCAAGUACGUCUGCCGUUCUGGACUACCUUAGAGAUAAUUAUGGAAUUCGGUAGCCUCCUAGAUCUAUUUAACCACGAGAAGACCAAGCUUAUUAUCUUAAGUUGUGGGCGUCUACGGUGGCUUUUCCUACUCAAGGAUUUCAGUGUGUGCAUUUAUACGAAGUUGGCAUUUUCUUAUGAGCAAAUUGUGAAGAAAAGCAGCGAGCAUCGAUAGGGUUAUUCAGCCUUCAUCGGCGGCUGAUAGGUGCAAACUGUGAACCAUAAUCUCAAGUUGAUGUUGGGGUUCCAAGUAAUCGAUCCAUAUCAAGCAAAACUCCAAGGCAGGUGGGUUCCUCAAAAGAAUAGCUUUAUUGGCAAUAUCAUAUUGGCGCAUAUCUGGAGAAAACAGACUCUGAAAAGUCCCACGGUUUUUCACCUAAUUAAAAGUUUUUCCCUCAACCCCAAACAAUCGGUCACAUGGUCCAAUCAAGGCGCUGUCUGGUGGUCUGGUCAAAUCACUCCUCCUUCCUUUGACCAGGUGUGCGAAUGACCUUGGUUCCCAAGAGAAAGUAUUUUGUUUUGACUACACAGCCCCAGAUAUCUCUAAUCCCCUAUCCCUCAGCUCCAGUGUGGCAGCACUGAAGCUGCAAGGUGGUUUCGUCCAGACCAGCUUCGAGGUUGACCGUUGGUUUGUUUGGACCAAACGCGGCUAUAGAUAUGGCUAUAAUAUACAAAGAUACUGAUGACAAUCACAUAUACGGGUGAUCCUUGAUGUGCAACCACAAUUGAGCUCAGUAAUUUAUGUUGCCCUAUGAGUCGGCCCUGGAGGAUGUGGAGGACCCUGGACAGGGUUCCGACUCCGAGCAGGGCGCAGAGAAACUGGUUAGCCACCAGUUAGGGAGGAGACAAGGGAGAGUGAGCCGGAA